CCGCCCUCCCUCCCUCCUUCCCUCCGCUCCGCGCCGGCUCCGGGGCCGCCGCUGCCUUUGUGCCCCGGCCCGGUGCGCUCCCUCCCCGCCUCCCCGCCGGAGCCCUGCGGCGCAUGCCUCCCGCUCCCCGGGGGCAGGGAAGGAAGCGCCGCCCGCCCCUGCACCAGCGCGGCGGGCAGCGGCGGAGCGGAGCCCGGCGGAGCCGACAGCCCGGCCCGGCCGCCGCCGACCCCCGUUCGCCCCUGUCGGCCUCCUCUCGGCAGGAUGGAGGAGAGACCCGUCUGAAAAUCUGUUCCAUUGUGAACUUUGCUGUGGUCUGCUAGAAUGUUCCUUAUGGAUGCUCCUCCUCUGGUAGCUCUUCAGACAAAAUGGGAGUCCUUUGGACCAGCAAGGAAUUGUAGAUACCCCGUUUGCUUCCCUGAAUCCGACAGCAACGUCACCAGAACCUCUGUGAGCGCCAAAGUUCAGAUGAUCAUAAACAACCUGCAAAGCCAAGAGCCUGCCCUGGGUAUGAACAAUGAGUGUGGCUGUGUUAUGCAGAAAAAACAGAAGGGAGGAAAAGGCACCAGUACCAGAGUCACAUCCAGCACCACGCUGCUGCGGAAGCAUCCUCAGUACACCCAGUGUGGGUGCCCUGAGGAUUCUGAUGGCAGCCAAGUAGAAGGGAAUGUAGAGUUUGGGACUCUGCUGCUGGAUUCUGACAGCGACGAUUCUGUGGACCGAGGUAUAGAGGAAGCCAUCCAAGAGUACUUGAAAACAAAAAGCAAAAGUGCCCAGUCGUUGCCAAGGAAUGCAGAGCGUUCUGAAAACUUGAGCAGAGACAAAAGGUUUAAGAGAGAGUUUUCCCAGAACAAAGUGGCGAGUAACCUCCUCCCUGUGAAAUUGAAAGCAGAGAUGCUCUCUGAAGAGUACCUGUCUGACCACCUGGGAAUUGGGAAAAGGCUUCAGCCUGCUUCCCCUCAGAGCAUCAGCAGCGAUGACUCCUUUGAUCAGAGCAUACAAGCUGAAAUAGUGCAGUUCUUGAACGAGAAGAAGCAGCAAGAAAUUAGCAAAUGUGUUACCGAGGAGGAUAAAAAGGAUUCCCGUGUGAGAUCUGUCCUGAAAUGUAACAAAGAAGCAACAAACAGAGCAAACUGUGGUGCUAUAAAGCAAGGUUGUAAUGCACUGCUCCUGAGACACCAUCCCAAGCUGCAGAAAUCCAGUGCCCAGUCCAAGUGUUUGCAGUCAAAAAUCCAAGCAGAGCCCAGUGAUUUCAGCCAGGUGAACCAAGCAUAUCUAGAAAUGGCCACUGCCAGCCAGCCUUGGCUUGUGGAGCAGAAUGAGGGAAGUGGAGCUCAUUACUGGGAGCCAAGGGAAGCACUCAUCAAGGAGAGCAUGCACACAUCUGACUCAAGCAGCGAUGAUGGCAUCGAAGAAGCCAUUCAGCUUUACCAGCUGGAGAAAAUCAGGAAGGAGGCAGGUCAUGCAGCAAACUGUGUCCCUUUGCAGAGGGAACCAUUUGAUCCAAAGGGUAUGGCAGACAUUUCUGCCAGCCUGACAAUUAGCUCCACAAAAAGUGCCUCACCAGAAAUCCAUAAAAACCCUGUAAGCAACAAGAGAAAAGAAGUUAAUUCCAAGUCAACGGGAUUAGAAAGCACCAGCAAUGACUUUAAUAAGCUGUUUAAACCACUGAAAAAAGCCAGACAUUUUGCACUUCCAGAAAACAAGAUUACUGCUUGUGAGCUCACAUUGCAGGCCUCUUGCAGAGCAGACACAUCUGCAGAACUCAUGUGUGCAGAAGCUAUCCUGGAUAUUUCCAAAACAAUCAUGCCAUCCCAAAUGGGAAGUGACAGUAAAUCCCUCACUGCAGACUCCUUCUUUUCUCCCCAGCUUCUCUCGUCCUCCCGUUGUGAAAGUGACAGCAGCCUUGUGGACAGUGAUGACAGCAUAGAGCAAGAAAUCAGGGCUUUUUUGGCUCUGAAAGCACAGUCAGAAAACCUUGGAACAAAACCUCCCAGCCUGUCACGCUCCAUGCACAUGCCUUUGCCUUCUGAUCCAAACAACCUCACUGAGACCCUUGAGCCUGCUCUGCCCAAAACACUGAAAUUAUCCCUGAGUCGGAAAAGGAGACUUAAAAAGGAAGGCAGAACAGCAAAACAAGGUGGGUCAAAACUACCUGAACAGCUGGAGCCAGGACUUUCCCAGCCAGGUAACUGUUCCAAAUUCCCAGUACUCCCAGAGGAGCAUGCCCUGAGCAGCCCCGCAGAGCUCCGGGAUGCACAGAGUCACAAAGACUCGAGGCAGCAGCAGCUGAUGUCUCCCAAAUCGUCUGGCUCUGAUGGCAGCAGAUGUGUGGCCUUGGACUCUGCAAAUCCUUUUCUGCAGGUUCCGAGCAGCACAAGAAAACCUACAAAAAACCCCAUCCAAACCCCAGAGAGGGAGGGGUCAGGUGAUGAGAGCAGCUCUCUGGACAGUGAUGAGGACCUGGAUUCUGCUAUCAAGGACCUGUUACGGUCUAAAAGGAAGUUAAAGAAGAAAUCCAAGGACCAGAAAGCUCAGUGCAAGAAGAAAGUCAGAUUCACUGAGACAGAAACUCAGCUGCUGGAUGAGUUCAGUGGCCUCCAACAAAAUGAGUGGAAAUGUAAAAAUCCCUCACUGCUGAAAAGCUGCCUCUCAAAAUCUAGGAAAGCUGUGAAGGAGAAUGCAGUCAGGAACCCUCCAGAUAACAUCAAACUUCCCAAUGACAAGCCAGAAACCGUGAAAAACCUGAAGUUGAACUUACAGCAUAAAAAAGGCAAUAAACAUAAACCAGUUUCAAACCAGCGGGGGGCUAAAAAUAGAAAAUGUGCUUUCCCAGCUGUGUCAGAUGCCAGUGACAGCAGCUCAGUGGACAGCGAUGACAGCAUCGAGCAGGAAAUCAGGAGGUUUUUGGCAGAAAAGGCUAAAGACUCUGCAAGCAGUUCAGAGAUGCAGAAAGGUGAUGCAAGUCUGGACUUACUUAGAGCAACCAAACAAAGUGGUAAUAAAGGAAAAGCAAAGCAGCAGCCGGUGGAAAAUGAGAUCGACCUCAUGCCGGGUCAGAGUAAAAAGACUGAGGUAGCUCAGCAAACUGAGGAGGUGAAGAACUCUCAGAGAACAGAAGGGAAAAGUGCAAUGUUAGCUGGCAGUGGAAAAUGUGCUUCCUCUGCAGAGAAUGUUCCUACUACUGCUCAGUCAAAAGCUAAGCAAGGACUGGGGGGGGUCAGAGGUGGUGCUGCUGAGGAGUUACCUGGGAGUGCAACAGGUAAAAGGAAUGUCCGUAACACAGAGCCCCCAAAACCCAGCAGAAAUGAAGGAUGUAAAGUGAGAAAAGUCAUGAAUGCAAAGCCCAGAUCUAAAAGGAAGAAUACCUUCCAACUAAAAAUCUCAAGUAAAUUUAUUGCAGGUCUGAAAUAUGCCCGGGACAGGAAGAAAUCGAUGCUUUUGAACAAAAAGCAAAAAGCAGAGUGUUUGCUCAGGCAGAGCAGUGCCUUGGGAAUGGAGGCAUCUUCCCAGGACACAGAUGUACUAAACCCCUUGCCAAAAGGCAAAUUUAGUGGGGAAAUUACACCAGCAGUAACAGAAGCCAGUUCUUCUCAGAAACUCAUUGUGGGAGGGGUGAGUCCCCAUGUAGCAGAAAGCUGUGCAGGAGCUGAGUGUCUCCAAGAGGCAGCUGAGGGUUGCAGGAAGGCUGAGGUUCCAGGGGAUCAGUCCCACUCCAGCCUUCCCUCGCAGGAACAGAGUGUGGCAGCAGGAAAAGCUGAUAAGAUUUGCAGAGGAACCUCCAGAGCUGAGAACACCCAGAUGUGGAUCAAGGAAGGAGAUAUCCAGCGAGACAACUGGGCUGACUCCACUGCAGAUCCCCCACACCCUGAGAGCAGUGUGGGAAAAGCAGAUAACGCCAGCAGAGAGCCAGCUCAGCAGAGUGCUCAGGAGGACAGUAAGGGAGGGAAUAACCAGCUGGACAAGAGACCAGAUCCAAGUUUAGCUUGCCCAAGGCAGGAAUUCAUUGUGACAGCAGCAGCAGUGCAUAAUAGUGGAGGAGCAUCUGCAGAUCAAAGUGUGCAGAUGUGCAUUAAGGAAGAAAAAGUUGACAGGCAGGGAGAAAUUCAGGUGUCCAGCUCCAAAAUGGAAGGAAAAAUACCUGUCCUGCAGAACAGGGAAGCUGCUAGUGAAGUACACCAAGGGCAGGAAUUUUUAACCAAAACCUGUGCAAAAUUUACUGACCUACCUGCAGGGGACUGCUCAGGUUCCCUCUUGGAAAAAAAGGUUUCAAAUAUGGAAACCUGUUUGCGCACGGAAUUUAUUUGGGAACCUGUUCAGAGAUCCUAGGAAAGCUCAGCCUUGGAUAGCAAUGCCGAUGAUCUGAGCUGCCUCAGGACAAUCCUGCGGGCUGGCUUUUGCUGGAGCUCAGUUUUCCCACCCCGAGGAGUGUGGGGUGAGGUCCCUGAGCAGAACUCAGCUGUGGGUGUGGAGAUCCAGCCUGGAAGAUAAAAAUGCAAAUUCAGGUCAAUCAAGUGGAUGGCUUUGUCUGCAGAGUGAUCUCAGCAGCUGCUCAAAGUCCUUUCACACGCCCAGAACCUCCUGCUAGCAGAUGAUUCCAAGCACAAUUGCAGUUCAAGACAAGUGAAGGAGUGUGUCUGUUCAGACAACAUGAUUUCCCUGGAUUUCUGUGGAUUUCCCUGCAUUUCCCUGGAUUUCUGUAUUGUUGGAUCUGUAGGGCUCAAAAAAUUCCACAUUAUUCUCAACUCUCUCAUUUUGAUGCCCUGCAGUUACCCAGAGAUGGCUUUUGGUUUCCUGAAUGAACUUCUGGAACUGAGUGCCCUUAACUUUCCUUUUUCAGAAGUGGUUUUUUAAAUGUUACAUUUCUGUGAACUUUUCACGGACAAUUUUGGUGCAAUAAAGCAAAGCUGAGUUUGCUGUAGGAAGUCACAACACAAACGGAUUUUUUCAGCCACGGAUAUUUUCAGCACUGUUCUUUCUUCAGGCUCUUUCUCUGCCUCCGUUUCCAGCAGCCAGAAUAAAGCAAUUUUUCACUACUAUCUUUUUAUUUGUACUGACUUUCAACGGGAUUGAAGUAGCACAUUCACAUCACACACACAAAAAAGUGCCCCCACACUGGUUUCGCUGCAAAUUCAAAAGGUGUAAAUUGGAGCUGUUGGCUCUUUCAUUUUCAUUUUUGUGUUGUGAAGUCCUUGGAGGAGUUUGUUCUCACAUCUUGUCCCUGUGAAUUGAUCUGAUAUUCUCUUUGUCUGCUCUUCUGCAGAACUUCUCAGCCCAACCACCACUUAGCAUCACUCUGUUUCUCAGUCACUUCAGGAGUCUUCCUCCAGGCUGGCCUUAAACUUGCAAACUGGAGCAAAAGCAGCCAAGACUGGAUCCAGAAUCCCGUGGUGUCCCUGGUGUGAUGCAGAAUGUGGGCAAAAUACGGUGUAGCAUAGAGUAGUAACUGUGGCAUGUAGAGAAAUAAACAUCCUUGGUGUGUUCAUGCUGUCGUGCAGCUACGUUUGAAACAUGUUCCUAGUGCUCACUUGGCAUUUCUGACUGUCCAGCCACCUUUUUGUAGCCCUGGGGUUGGCUGGCCAGGUUGUUUAAAGGUCAAUGUGUUAUCUCAUCUCCAUUUUGUGGUAGGAUUCCUUGGAAAAGUGGUUUUUCCUUAGCUCAGUGCCUGCACUCUCUCUUCACAGGUUUAUCUUUUGCUCUGCCUUGAUUCCAUUGCAGGAUUUGAGCCUUUUGUUUGGAAUAGGUCAAUAGGCUGGUAUUUUAAACUAGAAGUUUUCCAAGUACCUUGCUUUAAAAGGAUUAAAGUGUAUACUUAAUUUUCCUAGAGAUGUUGGAAGCACUCUGUACUGUUUGUAUAAAAAGCUGAAUGUUUCUUCUCAAAAGUUUUCAGUAAAUCCACAUUAAGACUUCAAAGGUGUCUCGUGCCCCUGUUGCUGUGUCUGUGUCCUCAGUACCUGACCCACUCCCAGUUAAAAUGCAAUUACAGUUACUUUGUGCUUUAAAUAAAACUGAUUUCAAACAGCACUUUUUUAUUUUAAUUGAUGAACUUGAUUUGUAUAUAGGAACUGGUGUACAUUGCUGAGUUUCUAAUGUUUAAUAAAUGGGGUUCUGCCCAUGGACCGUG